UGCAGACGAAAUAACAAUCUGUCAUAGCGGUCAUACGCGAAAGACCAACUCUGUUAAAGUCUGUUGUUUUUAGGUUUUUGUAAAAAUUUGUUACUGUAAAAAUGUUGGCUCGGUCUAUAUUUUUAACUGGGUGUAGUCGUGGGUUAGGUUUAGAAAUGGUGAAGCAAAUUCACCCGUUUACAGAAACUUUGAUUGCAACAUGUAGAAAUCCGGAAACUGCUUCGGAACUCCGAGAAUUAGCAGAAGAACACAGUCAUAUAAAAAUUCUUCCAGUUGAUGUGUUAAACCAUGAGACCUUUGGUGAUGUUGCAGAAGAAGUAUCUUCAAUUGUAGGAGAACAAGGGUUAAACUUGUUGAUCAAUAACGCUGGAAUAUCUCCAAGAUCAACCCGCAUAAAUUUUGUGACUGCAGAAGCAAUGGCUGAAACUUUUGCUGUCAAUGCAACAUCACCACUGAUGUUGACUAAAGCACUGUUACCUUUGUUGAAAGCAGGUGCUUCCUCUGAUGUUGAUGAGGAUAGUGAUUUCUGCAUUAAAAAUGCAGCUAUUGUGAACAUAAGCUCUGUGCUAGGGAGUAUCAGCAAUAACAUGGGAGAUCGUUCUGGUGGUCUUUAUCCUUACAGAUGUAGCAAGGCAGCACUUAAUAUGGUAACCAGAUCCUUAAGCAGUGAUUUGAAUCCAUUUAACAUUACUGUUAUAAGCAUUCAUCCAGGUUGGGUAAGAACAGAUAUGGGUGGACCCAAUGCACCUUUGUCAUCACAAGAAAGCAUAGAGAGCUUGAUUUCUACUUUAAAAGAGCUCACUUUUGACAAAUCAGGACUUUUCUUUAAUCAAAAUGGUGAAGAGAUCCCUUGGUAAAAAUCAACCGUGCUCCGUGCAGUAAGCUCGUCAGGUAAUUAUUUUUAGAAUCGUGGUUUGUUUAUAAUUCACGAAUACAGCAAAUCUACAUAUUUUGUUUCCGUAAGUCUUGUAGAUAACGGACCCAAUAAAUAAUGAAUCAAAAUUA